AAGCAGCGGGCACCUGUUCGUACAGGCGAAAACAGAAAAAAAAAUGAAACAUCAUGAUAGAGAAAAAGAUCCAAUGUUGCCUCAACAACAGAAAGUAAGAAGACCUGUAGAAGAUGGUGUCGUUAUGUACGACUGUUCACCAUGCCUACGUAGGUUUGGACUGCACAGACUUAUUCCGAAAGAAAGCAGCAAAGUUUGGUUUGUGAAGGACAUAUGUGGUGUGAUUUGUGUUAUUCUCACAUGGAUGCUUGUACUGUAUGCAGAAUAUGUCGUGAUGUUUAUUAUGCUCAUACCAAAUGUAAAUACUGGUUAUAAAUGGGGAAAUGCUAUACUGUUUAACUUCCUGGCUUUCAUGGCUGUAGCUUCACAUUCCAGAGCAAUGCUUGCAGAUCCAGGGGCAGUUCCAAAAGGCAAUGCAACAAAAGAAAACAUAAUGAAACUAGGUUUAAAAGAAGGAGAAGUUGUUUUUAAAUGUCCAAAAUGUAUCAGUAUCAAACCAGACAGAGCCCAUCAUUGCAGUGUGUGUCAGAGAUGUAUAAGAAAAAUGGACCAUCAUUGUCCGUGGGUGAAUAAUUGUGUUGGAGAAACCAAUCAGAAAUAUUUUGUACUUUUUACUCUGUAUAUAUGUUUGAUUUCCAUCCAUGCUGUAUAUAUGGCCAUACAACAUUUUAUAGUGUGCAUAGGGAAAGAUUGGAAAGGAUGUUCUGGUGUAUCUCCCCCAGCAACUACAAUAUUUCUAAUAUUUCUUGUGUUUGAAGGCCUAUUGUUUGGAAUAUUUACAGCAAUUAUGUUUGGGUCUCAACUCUCAGCCAUUUGCUCGGAUGAAACAGGUAUAGAACAGUUGAAGAAAGAACAAGGAAGUUGGGAAAGGAAAUCAUACUGGUUUAGCAUUAAAUCCGUCUUUGGUCAUCCUUUCAGUUGGAGAUGGUUUUCCCCUUUUUCUACCCCCAACUAUGUGUACUUUGAAUCCAGGGAAUAUUGUGUGUAAACAUUAUGUCUUAACUAUUCUUUGUAGACCUUGUAAAAUGAGCCGCGUCACGACAAAACCAACAUAGUGCGUUUGCGACCAGCAUGGAUCCAGACCAGCCUGCGCAUCCUCGCAGUCUGAUCAGGAGCCAUGCUGUUCGCUAUCAGUUUCUCUAAUUGUAAUAGAGUUGGUAAGCGAACAGCAUGGAUCCUGAUCAGACUGUGCAUCCGCGCAGUCUGAUCAGGAUCAAUGCUGGUCGCAAACGCACUAUGUUGGUUUUGUCGUGACGCGGCUCAAAUAUGUAAAUUAUUUGUAAGUGUAAAAGUUGCCAUAUGACAGUUUCAGUGUCAAAGGGGACUGAACUCCCCUAGAAAACAAAAAGAAAAUGGCAGGGUAGUCUAUCUUCUGUUUUGGUGCACAUUUUUACAGCAUUAGUUGAUUAUUUCUUGCAGAAAAGUUAGUUACAUUUAACUCUGUCUUUUGAGUGUAUAAUUAUGUAGGUCUAUUUUAUUUUAAUAAUUUGUUUAAAAUAAUGAAAAACCUUGUAACCACAUUUACAUAUAUUAACAUACUAAACACAAGUUAGGAGGUACUAAAUAUAAAAAAAAAACAAAAAAACUUGUGGAAACAAAAAAAAUGUUCAACAAGUAUUGGACACAAGUUAUUUUAUCAAUAUAAAAAUGAUGUAUUAAGUGUUUUCUCCAUCAACUUGAUUAGAAACAUGUAAUUAUGUUCUCUUUUGAAGUUAUACCAAACAUAGGAUGUUUAAAAUACAUAAAAUCAAUGGUAACACUUUGUCCAUUUGCUUCAUCUUUAACUAUACAUUCAGAUGAAGUUAAAUAUAGAUGCAAUUAAAGGGACUCCACUUAAGUUUUUUUUACAUAACUGAACUGGAAAUAAUUAUCCAAGAUUAAUGUUCCAGUUGAUGUAGGUCUAGACUAAUAACUUGUGUGUAAAAUUUCAAAUUAUUUGCUCGCUACAAUUUUUCCAGAACAAUUACUCGAAUUGUAAAAAGUUACGCAAAAUUGAAAAAUGUUGCAACGCAUUUCAUUCAGAUUU